CGGCACUGCUUCUCUCAGUCACAUAGACAAGGAGACGAGGGAGCUGCACACACACACACAAACACGCGCACACGCACACGCACACACGGGCUAGCCCCGCGCAGCGUCCUAUUCUCAGGCUGCCUAGACUGACAGCAGCAUACAGCAGAGAGGAAAGGAGCGAGGGAAUGAGACUCAGAGGGACAGAAGGGGCAGGUAUAAGAUAAACAUCUUGAGGAGAGAAAAGAACCUUGGAAAGCACUCUGUAGUAACUAUUUUCCAGUUUGCCCAGACACAAGAUCCACGGGAGGACCGGCCCAUAGUGACCGAGCCGCCGAAAGGGGACUGAAGAGGGGCGUGUUUCCCGCUCUGUCAUGUCAGCUCGCAGGACACUGAGGCGGACAGCCUCCCCCUCACCUGGAUCCCUCGCCGGCUGGCUUUUGCCGCUCGCUGCCCUGCUGCUGAGCCAGCCACCGGCGUCGGCUUUCAAUCUGGACACGACCCACACGCUGACCAAGGAAGGAGAGGAGGGAAGCUUCUUCGGGUUCUCCUUAGCCCUUCACCGGCAGAUCAGCCCCGAACCCCACAGCUGGAUCCUAGUGGGGGCGCCGCGGGCGCGGGGUCUGCACUCCCUGAGGAACAGCCGGCCCGGCGCUCUAUACCGCUGCCCGAUCACGGCCGAAGAGUAUGACUGCAAGCGCGUGGACAUUGAUGGGGACGUGAGGCCUGACCGCGAGAGCAAGGACAACCAGUGGCUGGGUGUGACUGUCAAGAGCCAGGGGAUUGGAGGGAAAGUGGUGACGUGUGCCCACCUGUAUGAACUCCGUCAGCGAGUCAACCAGCCCUCGGAGACUCGCGACCCCAUUGGGCGCUGCUACAUGCUGAGCGAGGACCUGACGGAACGGGACGACCUGGACGGGGGCGAGUGGAAGUUCUGCGAGGGCCGGCCGCAAAGCCAUGAGCAAUUUGGGUUCUGUCAACAAGGCCUGGCUGCCAGCUUCACCCCUGACAAGAACUUCAUCCUCUUUGGGGCCCCGGGCACGUACAACUGGAAAGGAGAGCUGCGAGUCCAGCUCGUCAAUCAGACCUUGCUCGACCUGGGUUUCUACGACGACGGCCCCUAUGAGGUAGCAGACGAGAAGCAGCAGGAUGCUCGGCUGAUCCCGGUUCCCUACCACAGUUACCUGGGGUUUUCUGUGGAUUCUGCAAAGGGUCUAAUGGCCCGGGAGGACCUGACCUUUGUGGCUGGAGCGCCUCGUGCCAACCACACGGGCGCUGUGGUCCUGCUCCGAAAGGACAACGUGUACCGGCUGGUGCCCCAGCACAUCUUAUGGGGAGAGGAGCUGGCCUCCUCCUUCGGAUACUCCGUCGCCACAGCUGACCUCAACAGUGAUGGCUGGACAGAUAUCAUAGUUGGGGCUCCCAACUAUUUUGACCGCAAGGCGGAGAUAGGCGGGGCUGUGUACGUGUACCUCAACCCGGCGGGCCAUUGGCACGAAGCCCGUCCCAUCCGGCUCAAUGGCACCCAUGACUCCAUGUUCGGCCUGACUGUUAGUGGUGUGGGGGACCUGGAUCAGGAUGGCUAUGGGGACUUUGCAGUUGGAGCUCCGUUCGAUGGUGAUGGUAAAGUCUAUAUUUACCGCGGUUCUUCCUCUGGCCUUGACACGAAGCCUUCCCAGGUGCUGGAUGGAGUUGACGUAGGGGUGAAACAUUUUGGCUAUUCUCUUUCUGGAGGCCUGGACAUUGAUGAUAAUUCUUACCCUGACCUUGCAGUGGGAUCUCUCAAUGAUCAAGUCAUUUUGUACAGGUCCCGCUCCGUCAUCCACGUCAGACGGGACGUCUCGAUCAGCCCCCAAAAUGUUGACCUGGAGAAUCAGAACUGCAAAGGCCGUCAUGGGGUGUGCGUUGAGGUGAAGGCCUGCUUCAUCUACACUGCCCACCCAUCAUCGUAUUCUCCGCACAUCACCCUGAGAGUUCAGUUUGAGGCGGACAUCGAACGCCGGAAGCUGAACCUGCCGCACCGCGUCAACUUCCUGGGCCACGCAAAAUCUGAGCAGGAGUUCCUGCACUCUGAAGACGUGGAGCUUCGCGGUCAGGGUCGUCCGGCGUGCAUCGCUGCCACCUUUCAGUUACAGGAGAAUAUUAGAGACAAGCUGCGUCCCAUCUCCCUGGCGAUCACACACAGCAUCAAGCCCCCCCGUCACCCCAGCCAUUCCGCUUCCAAACACCUGGGAUCUCUAUUUCCUGUGCUGAGCCCGUCCAUCUCCCCCACCCUGUACACUGAGGUCGACUUCUUGCGGGAGGGAUGUGGAGAUGACCGAAUUUGUCAGAGCAACUUGCAGCUGAGCUAUCGUUUUGGCACUCCACCUGUGAACUCUGGCCUUUUCACCCCUUUGCCCUUGGAUGAGGAUGCAAUGCCGGUCUUCUCUCUGUCCGACCAGCGGUCCAUCGCCUUGGAGAUCUCCGUCACCAACAUGCCCUCCGACCCCCGGCGACCUGAGGAGGAUGGAGAUGAUGCUCAUGCUGCCCAGCUGCUGGUGACCCUCCCCGACACGCUGUCCUACUUCGGCUUCAGAGGCCAGCAGUCACAGGUGGUCUGCCAAACCAAUCAGAAUGGCUCUCAGGUGGAAUGUGAGCUGGGAAAUCCACUGAAGAGAGAUGCCAAGCUAAAAUUUUACAUAAUAUUAAGCACAUCUGGAAUCACCAUAGAAACCACAGACCUGUCUGUUGAUCUCUUACUAGCAACAAUAAGUGAGCAGCCUGAUCUGGCCUUAGUCACAGCUCGUGCAAAAGUAGUCAUUGAGCUCCCCCUAUCUGUCAGUGGGCUGGCCCGUCCACACCAGCUGUUCUUCAGCGGGACGGUGAGGGGCGAGAGCGCCAUGAAAACACUGGAUGACAUUGGGAGUCCCGUGGAGUUUGAGUUCACGGUAACAAACCCAGGCCAGUCCCUGCAAACGCUUGGCUCUGCCUUCCUCAACAUCAUGUGGCCUCAUGAGCUGGCCAAUGGGAAGUGGCUGCUGUAUCCCACUGGGGCUCACUUUGAAGGGCACCCCAACACCCGCUGCAGCCCCACCUCUUUUGACCCCCUGCAUCUGAGUCCCAGUACGAAACACAACCAGCACCAUCACCAGCACAGCCAGGACCCAGAGUCUGCGAACCAGGUGGGGAGGACGAGGCGCUCCCACCCAGAGGAGGAGAGGCAAACUGUGAGCAGAAGCAGCGUGGGGAGGACCACGCCGGCCGUGGCGGCCUCAGAGAGGAGGAGGUCCCUGCAGCUGGACUGCCUUCUGGGUUCAGCCCAGUGCCUGCUGAUCCAGUGUCCGCUCCACAGCCUCUCCGGGAGUGCAGUGCUGAGGGUGCAGGCCAGGCUCUGGAACAGCACUUUCCUGGAGGAGUUCCCAUCAGUCAGCGCUCUGGAGCUGCUAGUGAGAGCCAACAUCACCGUCAAGUCCAGCAUCAAGCAUCUGGUGCUGAGGGAUGCUGCCUCACAGGUGCUGGUCUUGGUUUAUCCAGAACACGGGCACGCAGAUCAGUACUGGAUCCCAUGGUGGAUCAUCCUCAUCGCCGUGUUGGCUGGAAUCUUAGUCUUGGCUCUGCUAGUUUGCAUACUGUGGAAGCUCGGAUUCUUCCGGCGGGCCCAGUACAAAGACUCCGUGCCCCAGUACCAUGCUGUGAAGAUUCCGCGCGAGGAUCGCUCGCAGUUCCAGAAUGAGAAGAUGGGGACGUUGCAGAAGAAGGAAUGGGCCACGCACUGGAGCGACGGGGCGUCCUGAACGCGUUGGAACGUCGCUCCAGAGCCGCACCCACAGGACACUCGAAUGGGUCUGCAAAUGACCCCAUUGCUGCAGCUGAAAACACCUGACACUUGCAGGACUUAUCACACACAUGCACGCCAACUGUAGCAAUGCAGCUUAACGUACCCUCGGAACCUUCUGGACGACGUUCCAAGAGUUCUAGAACAUUCUUCGAUGACCACACUGUAUUCAUCAUGGCAGAUUGACUGACAUAACCACACUCAAAACUGUAAGGGCAGGACACUUCUAAUGAGCAUACAUAGAGAGCUACGGCCUGCAGAAGAAGCAUCGCAGUAGCCUUCCGAACCUAUCAAAGGAGCUAGCAGACUGGCCGCCUUUCCCACCCACCCAACUUGCACUGAUGCUAACAUGCACAUUCAAUCACUUAAAAAAAAGAAAACGAAGAAAAGUUGACUUCUGCUAGCCCUGCAUUCCCAGAGGAACCCAAGGACACUUACAUCUGCCUGAACGUUGAGCAGAGCAGCCGACUUCAAUGAAAACCCGCAGACCAACAGAGUCCCACUCCGUUUGUCCAAGUCGCCAUGAUGAAGCUAGGCUGGGGCUGGUUCUUGCCUUAAUUCAGACAAAUCGGACAAAACACUGUAAUUUUCUAUUUGGCUUGGUUUUUAUUUAUUGUUAUUUUUUGCAUUGUUUUGUACUCCAAUAGCUUACAGCCCAAUACAGCAAUUUGACUGGAUUGCGAUGAAGUCAUACACGUCUCUUUGGUCUAAAACUCAGCUGGACCAUGUUGCUGGGUCUGUGUUUUGAGGGAUGGACAGAUAAACCUGGACCACGCUGAGGGAGAGUCAGGUACAACAUCUGAGUGUCGCAAGAUCAGGUUCCUUGCUGCAGCGGAAGACCUCAGGACCUCAGAGGCAGAAGACAAAUGUCACAUCUAACCUGAACUGUGAUUUGCAUGAACAUGCAGGAGAGACAAAGAGAGGAUUUGUACAUUUUAGCAGGACGGGAAGGAACUGAGAGAACAUUCUAGCGUUCAUUUACAAUGCAGUUGGCUGGUGGGCGUUUCGUUUGUAAGGUGUUUGGGUUCAAGAUUUCAAAACUAACACUGCUUUUAAGAAGAUGCUUUUCGGAGUGAUAGGGGAUGAAAACAUGUAACGUACUUUUGAAAAUAUAAUUAGAAUAAAUAUAACAAUGGUAGUAUUUUGCUGUUUUAUUGCUAUGUUGUUUUGUAAGUGCCUUUUGGUAGUGCAACCUAAAUAUGAAAUAUAAGGAAGUAUAUUUUUUAAAAAACAAACAAAAAACAGGCAUCUGUUUUGACUGCUUUACUUAUUACUUAGAUUGAGGAGAGAAAUGUAAUUGGAUGUGAACAACAUUGGAUUUAAGUGGCUAUAAUCCCUGGGAGUAAGUGAGUUAAGUGGUUACCUGUUGUCAUGGAGACAAACUGCCAUUCAGACUGAAGUCCAUGCAUGAAUAUUGCUGGACAAUCUUGUUUUAAUGCAUGGACAAACCUUACUGUACAUGCUGAUUGUUUGUCAUGCUCACAUGUUUAUUUAUUUCUGGCUGUAUUUGUGCACUACUGUAAAUAAAACAUGAAACGAAAGCCACGGAGCCCUACGGAAAAAGGGAGGGAAGACAGACAAACGUGCCGUCUGUGCUCGAGGGAUCUGGGCGGCUUCUGGCUGAAGGACAAAGUGAAAAAAAGUCACUAAGACAGAGGCCGUUUUUGUUUUUGCCCAGAAGAUCAUUAUCAUUACUGUUAGGCACCAGAAUUAGGCCACAUGUGUUAUCUUACUCUCUUUCUCGUUUUCUAAUUUGCGACGCAUUUAACGAUCCUUCGUAUUGAUCCGAUAUCACGUUACACAACUUUCACGCUGAUAUUUGUCCCGCUUUAUCAAUCUGAAACUCUUUUUCAGCGAUCGAUUUCAUCUCUACGGAAAACCCUGUGGCUUCAGCAACCUUACCGCUCUGAAGCCCAAGAGGCAAAUAUUAAUUUAGGCAAACUUAAUUGAGUGUGCAAUCUGUUUACAUUAAGUCCAUUUCCGUUGGCAUCUUGAUUUUCUUCGGGAGAAGGUUCCUGAGGCAGCCACCUGCCCACGUCACACAUGUUUACUCAGGAUGGUUUCCUCUAACCCUGCAUCUCAAGGGCCACCUUCCCACAGAUUUUCAUGGAAAAGCUUUAAUUAGCAUCUUAUUAACAUCUUAAAUGCCAGCUGAGGUGACUCUCUGAAUAAUAACUUUAUUGAAGUGGACGCGGGCUAAGGCGCAACUAAAUUAGCCUGUAAAUCAUUUAAAAUAACAUUUGAAGGAAAAAAA